AUGCAAAUGAACAUGCAAUUCCCAGUAGGAAGUCUUUGGCGAAUCCAGCAACCGCAAGUCAGCGAGUUUGAGAAGAAGGUGACCCAAACUGGUGCCACUAUUGUGGGCUUGGACAUGGGCGGCAAUACCGCCGACGACGUCGACAAGACGGCCAAGGCGAAGAAGAAGAUCAUCUUUCUCUUGCUGCAGGAGCUGAUGUCACCGCCACUGGAGAGGGAGCUGACCAAAGACAAGCCAGACGCGGUUCUUACAGAUUUCGCCACCUUGGCAGGGUGCAGCGUGGCCGACAAGCUGGACCUGCCAUUGUUGAUUAACCUGCCUGGCCCCAUCUCGCUCCUCCAGGCCUUCGUGGGUAUGGUGGACACCUCCACAGCCGUCAACUUCCUCGGGCUGCACAUUGCGCGGCAGCGCCUGAGCACGAUGAGGUUCAUUGGCUGGAUGAACUUCAAUCAGAUGGGCCAGUGGGGCGCACGGGUCCGAGCUUUCAUCGCCAAGGGAGCCGUAGUCUUGGUGCAGACUGUUUGGGGUCUGGACCAGCCGACCAGCUUGCCGCCAAAUGUGGUGGUCACUGGACCUGUGCUGCCUCCGGCGCACGACUUGCGGAAGAAGCUGGCUGCCGAUCACCCGGAGCUACACAACUUCCUGCGUCAGUCAGAGCCCGCUGGCGUGGUCUAUGUGACAACUGGGAGCUUGGCGAAGCUCCACGACUGGCAAGUGCGUGUCAUCUACAACGGCCUUAAGAAGGCCAGAUGCCGUGUAGUGUGGAGUUUGAAGGGGGAACUGCAGCAGUUCCUUCCAGUCGCAGACGAUCCAGACUUCUACAUCAGCAAAUGGACCCCGCAGGCAGAACUGCUUCAGGAUGAUGCCGUGAAGGCCGUGAUCACGCACUGCGGCUGGGGCGGAACGCUGGAGUGCAUGACCGCUGGCAAGCCUAUUGUGGCCAUUCCGUUCUUCGGAGAUCAGCCGGAGAAUGCACACCUUCUCGUCAAGGCUGGCGUUGGCGAGCUGAUCGGAAAGAUUCCAAGAGGAGAUGAGCAAAAGCCGAACCCAUACAAGGAAGGCUGGAUGACUGAGGAGACGGUAUGCCUCGCCGUCUCGAAGCUCCUCAACAACCCUUCCUACAAGAAAGCUACAGAGAAACUCAUGCGCGCCUCUCGUGCCAGUGGAGGGGCCGAGGCGGCAGUUCAGCACAUCGAAUGGGCUGCUCGCUUUGGCACCAAGCACUUGGCGUCGGAGUACCUCCGGCACGGCACCGGGUCCAACCCCUACAACGGCGUCAUGGUCGGCAUUCUUGGCUUGGUUGCUUGCGCCGGCCUGCUGGUGUACAGCCAGGCUCUUCGCAAGUAG